GUUCUGAAUUUACAAUUACACCUGCGGACAGCAAUACAAUGACUUCAAGGUCAUAUUUGGCAAAGAAAUUAGACCACUGAUACUUUUGACCCUUGGUUCUUCACUAUAUGUGGUAGGACAUAAUGAAGCAUUUGAAUCUGUCCUUUUCUGCCUGUGGAUUUCUCGGGAUCUACCACUUGGGGGCAGCAUCUGCUUUUGUAAAACAUGGCCAGAAGAUGCUGAAUGAUGUAAAUGUCUUUGCUGGAGCUUCAGCCGGAUCCCUGGCUGCUACAGUUCUUUUAACAGCACCACACAAAAUACAGGAAAGUAGGAAUUUCCUUUACACAUUCUCUGAAGAUUUUAGAAGCCGAUUUCCUGGAGUGGUUAAACCAAGAUAUGAUUUCAUGAAUUGCUUAAGGGAAGGCAUAGAAACAAUUCUACCUGCUCAGGCUCAUGAGAUAGCUGAGAAUCGUCUCUGUGUAUCAAUCACAAACUCUAAAAGCAUAGAAAAUUGCUUGGUUUCAAGUUUUGCCUCUAGAGAAGAACUCAUUAAGGUACUUUUGGCAAGUUGUUAUGUUCCAUUGUAUGCUGGUGUCAAUGCUGUUGAAUACAAGGGAGAGAAAUGGUUUGAUGGGGGAUUCACAAACAGCCUACCUGUCUUGCCCACUGGACGAACAAUUACAGUAUCACCAUUUUGUGGUCGACAAGAUAUAUGCCCUAAGGAUAAUGGACAUUUUGAGUGGUAUUUUAAAAUCGGCAAACAACAAAUAAAGUUAUCAGCUGCAAAUUGGGAAAGACUCCGUGAAGUUUUGUUUCCACCAAGCCGAGCCAAAUUUGACCUCAUUUUUCAAGAUGGAUUUGAAGAUGCAGUGACAUUUUUACAAUCAGAAGAUUGGUAUCAACCAACCUAAACAGCACCCUUCCAGAGUGUGAUUAAACUGAGCGCUAUAAUUUUGUAUUAUUAAAUGCUGAUUUAACUAUUCUUUAUAUUAAAGUGGAUUUCCAAGACUUUUAUGCUGAUGGCAUAUCCUCUGGAUAGGUCAUCAAUAUCUGUACUGUAGGGGUUGAAACCCAGGAUCCCUGCUGAUCUGCUGUUUAAGAAGAACCUGUUGCUUGCAGUAGCACUGAAGCCUUCUCUGCUCACCAAGCAUAAUACUCAUUAUUAUACAAUGGCUGAGCUGGGUAUCACUGUUCACCCUAAUUCAUUUCAAUGGGGUUGCAUUGUGCCUAGGAUAUGUGAUCAAUGAACAUGGCAUCACAUGGCCCAGGGUCUAGGCUAAGCUUAGUGUACUAUACAAGUGUUGAAAAAACACUUUAAAGUGGAAACAUAAAAUCUAUACCACCAAGUGUCAUAUGUGUAAAAUUGUUGGUCUUGGGCUUUUGUCAGGAGUGACGUACAUGCAAUUUAGCAUGAGCAGGUCAGGUCCCCGACUGUCAGUGACACCCAGGGACCCUGAGGAAAAAACUAUUUGUUUAUUACCACCUCUACAUUCUCUUGUGCUUGCUGCGUUGUCCUCAAUAAAUGCUAUGCAGUCAAUAUAUAGUGGUACUUGAAAGCCUGUGACUUCCUCAGAAUUUUCUAUAUAUGUCUGUACAAAUUUAACCCAAAAUGUCAUUUUAUUU